CAGAUCUUCAGCGGCGCGGGUCAAACCUACAUGCGCGUGCGCGCUCGUGUGCGUGCGUGUUGAAUCAGUUUCUGUGAAAGAACACACGCCACCUGAUGCGCCAGUCUGUGCCCCUGCGUGCAACGGGUGCCAGUGGCAAAGCUAAGCCACGAAGUUGGAGCGAGCGUCGAGACCGGACCUAUGAUCUCACAGGACGCAGAGGUGUCCUACUGGCACAGGCGGCCAGUCGGCAGAGGGGGCGUGAACUUGGACGGCCUUCAGAGCCGGGUUACGUGCAACCUGAUGGUUCCUAUGGACCUCGCCAGAGCGCAUUGAUGGCCAAAGAGUGGAGAGAGGCUCUUUGGCCUUUCGGCCGCCCUACCGCGCGCCUUGGUGGGCCAGCAAUCUGCCCGACGCUCCCGAACGCGCGUGCGUUCGAACGCACCUGCGGAGGUUACGUGCAACCUGAUGGUUCCUAUGGACCUCGCCAGAGCGCAUUGAUGGCCAAAGAGUGGAGAGAGGCUGAACCAUGGCCGCGAGAGAUUGGUUGCAGGGCACCAGCGGCCUAUCGGAAGGACCCAGAUGAAUCGACCUCUCCGACGCAGAGGUGAAGCAGGAAAGUGAGAUGCUGCUCUUGAGCCAUGAGCUUGACGAGCACUCCGCAGAGGCAGCUCGGGCAAAACGUCAUGAGUUGCUCGCUCCUUCCAAGGUAGAGAUGAGUCGCAGUCAGAGCUUCGGGAUGAGCCGACCGAACGCUUUGAGCACUGUCACCAAAAAAUGCUGGCGCGAAGAUGCAGCAGUUCUUGGCAGGAAAGGAUAAUAUAUACAAACAAUCAUGCUUCACAUAUACCCAGACGGUCUGGGCCAGACCAAUUGUUGCUUCAAGCCAAUGGAUACCAGGCACCGAAGGUGAGGAU